CAGCCUCCUGCUCCAGAGCUAUAUAAGGGGCUGGGAUGGCUGGAGCCGUUGGAGCUCGCUGAGGACCCACAGCCAUCACAGAGGUCUGCCCGAGAUGAAGCUGUUCCUGGUCCUGGCACUUGCCCUGCUGGGGGCCGUCUCUGCUCACCAGCUCCCCUCAGAUGAGGGCGCCCCGGAGCAGGAGGUACCAGCCGAGCAGGGCGAGGAGGAGCCCGGGGAGCCGGAGCCACCAUGCCCCACAGAGAGCGAGAGCUUCAGGGUGAUAGUGCCUGGCCAGGAGGGCCGCACCUGUCGCUAUGUGUUUGUGAACCGUUGCCUGACAUUUCGGGGAGCCCAGCGCGUGUGUGCCCGUUGCUACCGCGGCCGCCUGGCCUCCAUCCACAACUAUGCAACCAACCGGCGCCUGAGACGCACGGUGCGUGCCCGCACCAACCGGGCCCAGGUGUGGAUCGGGGGCUACAUCUCCGGCAGG